AUGUUCUACCAACGGUUUCUCACAGCUUCUGUCUCCUUGCUAUGGCUUUCGUCGCCAUUCGGAAACCUCCAAGUCGCUGCCGCUGUGACUAAAUCAACAUCAAACCCGGCGUGCGUGCCUAGCGGAGCAUUGCUCCCCCAUCCUACGGACCUGAGUCAGUCAGAAUACAUCAAGGACGCUACGAAAUAUCUUUCCAAAUCUCUAGAUGAUGCUAUUGCAGGGAAGAUCAAGUCCGGCUGGGACGUUGCCAAUACAUCGUUCUCAAUCGCCCUUGUGUCCCCAAAUGGUGGCCUUGAGGAUGAGGGUUUGAAGACCGGUAUCCUCUGGGAGUACCACCAUCUGGGAGAGAAGAACGUUAACGGCACCAAACAUCUAGACGGGGACUCUCAGUACUUGGUUGGGUCUGUGUCGAAGGUUUUUUCAGACCUACUUCUCUUAAAGUCGGACAUAGAUCUAUAUGAUCCUAUCACCAAAUAUCUACCACAGCUCAAGGGGAGCGGAUCGUCUCCGAUAGACUGGGAUAGCAUUACUCUCAUGUCCUUGUCAGAGCAUCUUUCUGGAAUUCCAGCCAACACCAUCGGAGCUCUUCAAUUUUACUUCCUGGAAUCUCUAUACCUGGCACUAGGGUUUCCUCCGCUGGAAAUGAGUGAUUACCCUAAAUGUGGUGUUGCAGGCUUGAAUAAGGCAUGUACCCCAGAAGAACUUCUCGAGGAGCUUGUCCACUCUCACCCUGUUGCUGAGCCCUACUCGCGUCCAGUCUAUUCUCAGCUCUCAUUCACUCUUUUCUCCCUAGUGCUCGCCAAUGAUACGGGGAAGGAUUACGCUCAGAUGCUUGAUGAGAAUGUCAUUCGUCCGCUGGGCCUUAAGAACACCGGUGUGUCUCCAGGCAAUGAUGAACGUGCAGUGAUUCCUAAUGUCGAACAGCAGGGAUGGGGUGCCGAAUAUGGAUAUAACGCUCCUGGAGGUGGUCUCUACUCUUCGUUAAACGAUCUAUCCACCCUAGUAACUAGCAUCCUUGACCAUACAGUUUUUGACAACCCUCAGGCUGUUCGAAGAUGGCUCCAACCAAAAUCCUCCACAUCGUCCCUAUCCACCCUCGUGGGCCAGCCAUGGGAGAUUUUACGUACAUCAAACAUGACCCCUGAACACCCACAUACAAUCGACAUAUACGGAAAGAGCGGUGGUGCACCCGGUUACAUCUCCCAAAUCAACAUCAUUGAUCAAUACGGAAUCGGCGUUGUCCUUUCAACCGCUGGUCCAAUGGACUCCACCGCUGCAUACAUUAUCAACGAAGCUGUGCUCAGCGCCCUUCUCCCAGCUAUUGAGAAGGAAACUCGCAAACAAGCAGGAAUGUAUAUUGGUGAAUACAUUAGCCAGGAGAAGGCCAGUGAAAAGGCGGGCGAGUAUGCGCCUAUAAAAUUCAAAACGUCUAUGGACGAUGGGCCUGGUAUAAAGUUAGACUCCCUCACACGCAAUGGCUCUGAUAUUCUCGAGGGCGUUCGCACAAUCUGGGCUACUAGUCUUGCCAUGAUCGGCCCCCUUACCUCGGAAAUGAGAAUGUACCCCACCGGUGUUGAGAAAUCUGUUCCCAAAGUGGGCAAUGAGAACCUCGUUGAACAAGACUGGAGAAUCAAUUUUGAUCUUCUGCCUUAUGGUAAUGAUCAGAAGUCCGAGCUCCCUGGGUUAGGGAGACUUGAAGCCCUUUGUACUUCAUGGCAAACUGUGGAUUGGUUAUAUUAUGCUGGCAUGCCCAUGGACAGGAUCGUGUUCACAGUUGAUAAGGAAGCAGGUGAGGUUGUUGGAGUAGAAUUCCCCUUCCUUCGAAGCGGUCUUAUCCAGAAGAAAAAGUAA